AUGGCUCAAACAAUGGAAAAGCCCACGCCCGUUGAGGCUGCCCCAAUGCCAGCAAGCCAUAUCAAGCCCACCAGCUUCUUCACCGCGCGUUCUCGAGCUUGCUGCAGAUGCAACGAAGAAGGCUCAUCUCACGACCAGCAGUGCAUUUCCGAAAAUUGCACCCACGGCUACUGCACCGACUGUCCCCAGCUCGACUCACGCGGAAGGGAAGUGAUCCCGCACUCGUUCCCUUGCAACUGGGUCUGCAACACGUGCUCGGAGGUGCACAGCGUCCUCUCGAUCCUCGUCAAGAACGUCGAAUGCAAGUGCGAGAAGCCGACGCUACAGGCUAUUUACGACCAAUUCGGCCGCAUCUUCCUGUACUUCCGCAACGACCCCGCUGUGGACGACUUGACCGAUUCGGCUAAAGUCCAGGAGGCGGCCUGGAGGGUCUGGGAGGCGGGCGCCGAGCCGUGGUUGCCGCAUGUUGUUGCUGCUGAGGAGUCCAUUGCGAGGGCGAGUUCGAAGAAGGGGUGGAGUCAGUUAUCUCAAGCUAGUUUCUCGAGUGAUGACACCGUCGACUCCGAGUUCGUCGUUAACGACUCUUAUUAA